AUGCCAUCAAAUUACACAUCCAGAGAUCGUUUCACAUCUUCCACCGAUAAAUUCUCCUCCCCAUCAAAUAAUACUAACCUGAAAAGAAGAGAAAUGACAAGUGGCAGUUCCUCACCUCAUCAAACCUUCACAAUCCAACAAACAAACACAUUCACAGCUCCAAUAUCAAAUCAAAAACAAUGUCUUUUCUAUGUGCAGACCUGUCAAGUUAACCAAAAUGGAAAGUUAGUUGUCAGCAGAAAGAAAGAAGCAAAAGAAAAACGUAAACGAAACAAGACUAAUUCUUCAGUUGCAACAUCAGUUUCCAAUAUGAGUGCAUGUUCAGUAGAUAAUAGUCCAACAGUUGUUGAGUUUAGUCAAAUUUCGUCUCCUCCAAAACGAGUCAAGCAAGAUCAUUAUUCGAAUGUUGUUUCAACUGUGAGAAACCACAACAAUUAUCAUUGCCAACUAACGUACUACCAAUUAGUCCUUCCAUUAUUACCGAACAAUCGGUCAGCUGCUCGACAAUUAUUCGAAAGCCAUUUUCCUAUUCUAAUGCCCAACUUUCCAAUUCUUUUAUUUUACCUUCAAUGA